ACCCCGCACCACCAGCCUCGUCGACACUCCGAGUAUCGAAUCUCGCGUAUCUCAGUAUCUGCAACAAUGGCGUCUUCAACAACGUCAAAAGUCGUGCUUAGGAAAAGAACCCAACGUUCAAAGCGGCUGUCUUUGAAAUCCUCGCCGCGUAAACCACCCAAACCCGGCCCAAACGACGGCGAUUACUCCGACGUGUGCUGCGAGGAAUGCGGCUCCGGCGAGCGCGAAGAUGAGCUGCUGCUUUGCGAUAAAUGCGAUCGUGGGUUUCACCUGUUCUGCCUCAGGCCCGCUAUCACGUCAGUGCCCGAGGGCUCUUGGAUAUGCGCUUCUUGCUCCAACAUCAAGAAUGUCGCCAAAUUUCCCCUCAUCCAGACAAAGAUUGUUGAUUUCUUCUGUAUUCAAAAGUCAUCAGAAUCAAUAGGCAAACUUAGCCAAGGGAGCCAAAAGAAGCGAAAACGAAAUGGUGGCUUGGGGAGGUCAAAGAAGAGGAGAAAGUUAUUGGCUUUCAAUCCAACCAGGGACCCCACCAGGAGAUUGGAACAAAUGGCAUCUCUAGCAACCGCUUUGACUGCGGCUGGAGCAGAGUUCAGUAACGAGCUUACUUAUAUUUCGGGUGUGGCACCGAGGGAAGCAAAUCAUGCUGCAUUGGAGCGAGAAGGAAUGCAGGUAUUACCCAAAGAAGAUGCUGAAACCUUAAAUCUGUGUAAGAGCAUGAUAGAACGAGGUGAAUGGCCACCUCUGAUGGUGGUUUUUGACCCCAUAGAAGGGUUCACUGUAGAAGCUGAUCGGUUCAUUAGAGACUUGACCAUAAUAACGGAGUACGUUGGUGAUGUUGAUUACUUAAAGAAUCGCGAAAAUGACAAUGGAGAUAGCAUGAUGACUCUUCUACAUGCUGCUGAUCCUUCAAAAUCGCUUGUCAUCUGCCCCGAUAAGCGCAGUAACAUAGCUCGCUUUAUCAAUGGCAUCAACAAUCAUUCACCGGAUGGUAGGAAGAAACAGAACGUAAAAUGCGUGAGAUUCGAUGUAAACGGGGAAUGCAGAGUUCUAUUGAUAGCAAGCAGAGAUAUUGCAAAGGGGGAAAGGCUAUACUAUGAUUACAAUGGAUAUGAGAAUGAGUAUCCAACUGAGCACUUUGUCUGACCUCACUGGACAAUCCAAUUUGGGGUGUUCUUCACAUUUUGGUAGCUGACUUCUGUAACCCCUCAGGGUCUUCCUCCAUUGUUUAAAGCUAAUUUAUCAAUUGAAGCAAGGAUAAAAUAUCCCAAUUUUGUUGUAUAUCUAUUCUUGGCCUUAUAUUGUACAAGCACAUUAAUUGAACUAAGGAUAAAAUAUCCCAGUUUUGUUGGAUCUCUA